GUUCGGAGGCGUUGUAUGUUUUGUCUCCGCCGGUGGAGCAGUCUAUCGGGAACCUUAGAGCGAAAGUAUACCUAAGUAAAUUCCUAAGUGAUAUAAUGUGAUUUUUCUCCAGUGAUAAAUUCGAGUCGGAUAUCGAGCAUUAUGUUUGUGUAGGCUUAGCGAAACCCGAUUAGCCAUAUACUGGAUCAGAAGAUUUUCACCUCCGAAUUCAAAGCGCAAGCUGAUUGAAUCACGCGAGUAAUGGCUGCUUUCAAGGUGUUAAGUGGAUUUGCGAUACUAGUUUCGCUGCUGCAGUUGUCGUUAGGUCAAGAGCUGCAUGAUCUGCUGCAGGACGGAAGUGGGCUGGGGGAUGAUGUUGUGACGCCGUCCCUAGUGGACGAUUACGUGAUCUGUCCUCCGGAUGAUGGAAGAGUUAUGAAUGUUUUGGAAAGUGACGAGAAUCGAGAUGAGACGGAUUAUUGGUACGACUAUGAUGACUUAUAUCCAGCGAGAGCAGCGGCUGAUGAUGAUCAGGCCAUUUCUAAGGAGAACGCUACAUUGAUAGAGCUGAUUGAUGACGAUCUGCUGGCAGAACCAACACAGGAAGUAAAUGAUGAGUUGAACACGGCAGAAAAUGAAACGGCAUCCGAUGUGGUUGAAGAUGAAGAAGCUAGUGGAGACGUUGAAGAUCUUGACGGAUCUAUCCAGUUGAUCAGAGCACCUGAGAUCUACAACCUUCCGGCUUCGGAGACGCUUGAUAACAAGUUUAACGCGUUCACCGAAGAACAUCCGGAGGAGAUUGUCCUGCUGUCACCAAACUAUCCAGAACCUUACCCGAAUGUAGUCAAUAGUUUUGAAGACUACGCGGUAACAGGCGGCAUCGGAGUGCAAAUUACCAUCCACGACGUCGACCUGGAUCACGAAUCGGACUUCCUCUUCUUUCGGGGAGGACCGGUCACCGAUAAGGCAGAAAACGGCCCAAUCGUGACGGGAAAGAUUACGUCACCGCUACGGUUCCUUAUUCCACACACUACGACCUUCUCCGUUCACUUUGUAUCGCAGCAUGACCCGUCGGCAAACCAAACCCACAAAGGGUUCCGCUUGACGUACGCUCCGUUCGGUACCGUUGCAUCCCCGACCACUCCGUCCACAACGGAAAUGAUCGUUCCUCGAGAGGAGCUUCAGUGGGUACGGCGGGAGGUUUCUAUCAGCCGAAACAUGAUGGUUUCGGUCGAUAUGUGGCCCAUGGUGAAAUCAGCCCUGGCGAACGCAUCCAACGCGUACGUCGAAAAACAUCAACUGAAGUACCAACCAUGUCGACCUGACGACAUUCGAAUCCUGGCCCAGAAGUGUCCAGAUACCUGGCCCGGUUACGAGGAAUGCGUAAGUCUGGAGUUCGCAGUUCCCUUACGUCCAAUCGUGGUGAUCGAGGAGGAGCCCGAAGGUCUCGCACUUGACCAUAGGGGUCCAUUGGCUCUGGCAAAAGGUUUCAUCAAGUUGACAACAACGGAAGAACCGGAGCCGGAGUACCAGCUGGCAAAGGGGAACCUAGAGCGCAUGUGGGACGAGUUUGGGGCGCUAGCUUUGUCCGAAGUGGGCAUUGAAGUGUACAAGAUGCCAGAGAAUGCUGCGGUGCUGAUGAUUUGGAUUGCCAUCAGCGUUUGCAUUUUGGCGGCGUUCAUCUUUGUGCUCUACAGCAUCUGGAAGAUUGAUUUCUUCAAGGAUUACAGAAGGAUUUCUAAACUCAGCCGAGAGCCCCCGGAUGAAGAUCGAAGUGAACUCAAGAAGAAGGAAUUUGAUAUAUCCAUGUUCCCAUCCCCACACCAGAUUGUGCCCAGCCUGUUUCCAACCGGCGAUCCAUAUGGCGACCGCGCUGCGGAGCCUCAAUAUGCCUACGACAAUUCCACCAUGAACCCAUGGGCCGAAGACGGAAACGAUCCCACCACGUUCCCGAACAACUCCUCCCACAGCUUGCAACCACCCAAGCAACAGGUGUUCGAACCACUUUCGCCACUGGAAUACUCCCCGAGCAUCGUGGACUUCAACGAAAUACCGGAAACUCGAUCGCCCAGAAGGAGCAGGAACAAUAAUCCCUUUCUACCACCACCGCCGCCGUCAGGCAGCAGCAAUGCAAGAGGUGCCGGUGGAGGAGCUGAUGGUGGUCGGUAGACUUGGUGCAGCCGGUGGCGUCCAGUGCGACGACGACAGUUCGCGGUCGUUAAAUCGUUUGGCAUGUUAAUUAAAAACGAUUUAGUUGGUGUAUUUUGAAGUUUCGGGAUUCCUGGACGAGUGCUAAACUUGUGGUUUUCUUUUAGUUAAUUUAAGAAUAUACUAAAAUCACAUUGAAUAAACAAUUUUGUGCAAUUCAGUAUCAUAA